CGGACACCCGGAGGGGUAAAAAUAUUUCCAUCAUGGCUCACUCAAAGACAAGAACCAAUGAUGGAAAAAUUACUUAUCCUCCUGGUGUCAAGGAAAUCUCAGACAAAAUAUCUAAAGAGGAGAUGGUGAGACGGUUAAAGAUGGUUGUGAAAACUUUCAUGGAUAUGGACCAGGACUCUGAAGAAGAAAAGGAGCUUUAUUUAAACCUAGCUUUACAUCUUGCUUCAGAUUUUUUCCUCAAGCAUCCUGACAAAGAUGUUCGCUUACUGGUAGCCUGCUGCCUUGCUGAUAUUUUCAGGAUUUAUGCUCCUGAAGCUCCUUACACAUCCCCUGAUAAACUAAAGGAUAUAUUUAUGUUUAUAACAAGGCAGUUGAAGGGGCUAGAAGAUACAAAAAGCCCACAAUUCAAUAGGUAUUUUUACUUACUUGAGAACAUUGCUUGGGUCAAGUCAUAUAACAUAUGCUUUGAGUUGGAAGAUAGCAAUGAAAUUUUUACCCAAUUAUACAGAACAUUAUUUUCAGUUAUAAACAAUGGUCACAAUCAGAAAGUUCACAUGCACAUGGUAGACCUCAUGAGUUCUAUUAUUUGUGAAGGCGAUACAGUAUCUCAGGAGCUUUUGGAUACAGUUUUGGUAAAUCUGGUACCUGCCCAUAAGAAUUUAAACAAGCAAGCAUAUGAUUUGGCAAAGGCUUUACUGAAGAGGACAGCUCAAGCUAUUGAACCAUAUAUUACCAAUUUUUUUAAUCAGGUUCUGAUGCUUGGGAAAACAUCUAUCAGCGAUUUGUCAGAGCAUGUCUUUGACUUAAUUUUGGAGCUCUAUAAUAUUGAUAGUCAUUUGCUGCUCUCAGUUUUACCCCAACUUGAAUUUAAACUAAAGAGCAACGAUAAUGAGGAACGCCUACAAGUUGUUAAACUACUGGCAAAAAUGUUCGGUGCGAAGGAUUCAGAAUUAGCUUCUCAAAACAAACCACUUUGGCAGUGUUACUUGGGCAGGUUUAAUGACAUCCAUGUACCAAUCCGCCUGGAAUGUGUGAAGUUUGCUAGUCAUUGUCUCAUGAACCAUCCUGAUUUAGCAAAGGACUUAACAGAGUAUCUUAAAGUGAGGUCACAUGACCCUGAAGAAGCUAUUAGACAUGAUGUUAUUGUGUCUAUAGUUACAGCUGCUAAAAAGGAUAUUCUUCUGGUCAACGAUCACUUACUUAAUUUUGUGAGAGAGAGAACUUUAGACAAACGGUGGAGAGUGCGCAAAGAAGCCAUGAUGGGACUUGCCCAAAUUUAUAAGAAGUAUGCUUUACAAUCAGCGGCUGGAAAAGAUGCUGCAAAACAGAUUUCAUGGAUCAAAGACAAAUUGCUACACAUAUAUUAUCAAAAUAGUAUUGAUGAUCGAUUGCUUGUUGAACGCAUCUUUGCCCAAUACAUGGUUCCCCACAAUUUGGAAACUACAGAACGGAUGAAGUGCUUAUAUUACUUGUAUGCCACACUGGAUUUAAAUGCUGUGAAAGCAUUGAAUGAAAUGUGGAAAUGUCAAAAUCUGCUCCGGCAUCAAGUGAAGGAUUUGCUUGACUUAAUUAAGCAACCCAAAACAGACGCCAGUGUCAAGGCCAUAUUUUCAAAAGUGAUGGUUAUUACAAGAAAUUUGCCAGAUCCUGGUAAGGCUCAGGAUUUCAUGAAGAAGUUCACACAGGUGUUGGAAGAUGAUGAGAAAAUAAGAAAACAGUUAGAAGUACUUGUUAGUCCAACAUGCUCCUGCAAGCAGGCUGAAGGCUGUGUGCGUGAAAUAACUAAGAAGUUGGGCAACCCCAAACAGCCUACAAAUCCUUUCCUGGAGAUGAUCAAGUUUCUCUUGGAGAGGAUAGCACCUGUGCACAUAGAUACUGAAUCUAUCAGUGCUCUUAUUAAGCAAGUGAAUAAAUCAAUAGAUGGAACAGCAGAUGAUGAAGAUGAGGGUGUUCCAACUGAUCAAGCCAUCAGGGCAGGUCUUGAACUGCUUAAGGUACUCUCAUUUACACAUCCCAUCUCGUUUCAUUCUGCUGAAACAUUUGAAUCUCUCCUGGCUUGUCUGAAAAUGGAUGAUGAAAAAGUAGCAGAAGCUGCACUCCAAAUUUUUAAAAACACAGGAAGCAAAAUUGAAGAGGAUUUCCCCCAUAUCAGAUCAGCUUUGCUUCCUGUUUUACAUCACAAAUCUAAAAAAGGACCCCCCCGCCAAGCCAAAUAUGCCAUUCAUUGUAUCCAUGCGAUAUUUUCUAGUAAAGAGACCCAGUUUGCACAGAUAUUUGAGCCUCUGCAUAAGAGCCUAGAUCCAAGCAACCUGGAACAUCUCAUAACACCGUUGGUUACUAUUGGGCAUAUUGCUCUCCUUGCACCUGAUCAAUUUGCUGCUCCUUUGAAGUCCUUGGUAGCUACUUUCAUUGUGAAAGAUCUUCUCAUGAAUGAUCGGCUCCCAGGAAAAAAGACAACUAAGCUUUGGGUUCCAGAUGAAGAAGUUUCUCCUGAGACAAUGGUCAAAAUUCAGGCUAUUAAAAUGAUGGUUCGAUGGCUCCUUGGAAUGAAAAAUAAUCACAGUAAAUCAGGAACAUCUACCUUAAGAUUGUUAACUACAAUAUUGCAUAGUGAUGGAGACUUGACAGAACAGGGAAAAAUUAGUAAACCAGAUAUGUCACGUCUGAGACUUGCUGCUGGGAGUGCUAUUGUGAAGCUGGCACAAGAACCUUGUUAUCAUGAAAUCAUCACAUUAGAACAGUAUCAGCUCUGCGCAUUAGCUAUCAAUGAUGAAUGCUAUCAAGUAAGACAAGUGUUUGCUCAGAAACUUCACAAAGGCCUUUCCCGAUUACGGCUUCCACUUGAGUAUAUGGCAAUCUGUGCUCUUUGUGCAAAAGAUCCUGUAAAAGAGAGAAGAGCUCAUGCUAGGCAGUGUCUGGUAAAAAAUAUAAAUGUGAGACGCGAGUAUCUGAAGCAGCAUGCAGCUGUUAGUGAAAAAUUAUUGUCUCUUCUACCAGAAUAUGUUGUUCCAUAUACAAUUCACCUUUUGGCACAUGACCCAGAUUAUGUCAAAGUACAGGAUAUUGAACAACUUAAAGAUGUUAAAGAAUGUCUUUGGUUCGUUCUAGAAAUAUUAAUGGCUAAAAAUGAAAAUAACAGUCAUGCAUUUAUCAGAAAGAUGGUAGAAAAUAUUAAACAAACAAAAGAUGCCCAAGGACCAGAUGAUGCAAAAAUGAAUGAAAAAUUGUAUACUGUGUGUGAUGUUGCCAUGAAUAUCAUCAUGUCAAAGAGCACCACAUACAGUUUGGAAUCUCCUAAAGACCCAGUACUACCAGCUCGUUUUUUCACCCAACCUGACAAGAAUUUCAGUAACACCAAAAAUUAUCUGCCUCCAGAAAUGAAAUCGUUUUUCACUCCUGGAAAACCUAAAACAACCAAUGUACUAGGAGCUGUUAAUAAGCCACUUUCAUCAGCUGGCAAGCAAUCUCAGACAAAGUCAUCACGAAUGGAAACUGUAAGCAAUGCAAGCAGCAGCUCAAAUCCAAGCUCUCCUGGAAGAAUAAAAGGGAGGCUUGAUAGCUCUGAAAUGGAUCACAGUGAAAAUGAAGAUUACACAAUGUCUUCACCUUUGCCAGGAAAAAAAAGUGACAAGAGAGACGACUCUGAUCUUGUAAGGUCUGAAUUGGACAAACCUAGAAGCCGGAAAAAAACACCUGUCACAGAUUCAGAAGAAAAAUUAGGUAUGGAUGACCUCACUAAGUUGGUACAGGAACAGAAACCUAAAGGUAGUCAGCGUGGACGGAAGAGAGGCCAUACGGCUUCAGAAUCAGAUGAACAGCAGUGGCCUGAAGAAAAGAGGCUCAAAGAAGAUAUAUUAGAAAAUGAGGAUGAACAGAAUAGUCCACCAAAGAAAGGUAAAAGAGGCCGACCACCUAAACCUCUUGGUGGAGGUACACCAAAAGAAGAGCCAACAAUGAAAACUUCUAAAAAAGGAACCAAAAAAAAAUCUGGACCUUCAGCACCAGAAGAAGAGGAAGAAGAAGAAAGACAAAGUGGAAAUACAGAACAGAAGUCAAAGAGCAAACAACACCGAACAUCAAGGAGAGCACAACAGAGAGCAGAAUCUCCUGAAACUAGUGCAGUUGAAUCCACACAAUCCACACCACAGAAAGGACGAGGAAGACCAUCAAAAACGCCAUCACCAUCACAACCAAAAAAAAAUGUCCGUGUAGGACGCUCCAAACAAGCAGCUACUAAAGAAAAUGAUUCAAGUGAAGAAGUCGAUGUGUUUCAGGGUAGCUCUCCUGUCAAUGAUGAUAUUCCACAGGAAGAAACAGAGGAAGAGGAAGUUUCUACAGUAAAUGUACGGCGGCGAAGUUCUAAAAGAGAAAGGCGAUGAACAAAUGUAAUUAAUAACUUUCUAUGUGAAAGCUUUGAGAAGAAGCAUUUUUUUGUCAAGCUUGAGGCUAAGUAAAGCCUUUGAUGCACAAAGCGGAACUGCCAGAGAGUGGACAGUUGGAACUUCCUUUGAUGACCUCAUGUGUUUUGUGGUCACAGCGCUUUAGCCAUACGCGUGGUGAUAACAUUGACUAUGGAGUCUUGUGGAAGUGUGAUGUCC